GCCGCGCGGCAGCAGUGACGUCAGAGGCGCGCCGCGCCGAGAUUCGUGCGGGUUCUGCGGGCGGGAGUCGUGGCCCCUUCGCGCUCAUGGUGCGCUGCGGUUGCGCGUGGUUCAGAAAGUAUGGAAAUUUCAUCGAUAACCUGAGAAUCUUUGCCAAGGGAGGAAGUGGUGGAAUGGGCUACCCUCGGUUAGGUGGAGAAGGUGGAAGAGGUGGUGACGUCUGGGUUGUAGCCCAUAAAAAUAUGACCUUAAAACAACUUAAAAGCAAAUAUCCUCAGAAACGGUUUGUGGCUGGAGGAGGAGCGAACAGUCGAGUUAGCGCAUUGAAGGGCCCCAAAGGAAAAGACUACGAAAUCCCUGUGCCUGUGGGCAUUUCAGUAACUGAUGAAAACGGUAAAGUCAUAGGAGAACUCAAUAAAGAAGAAGAUAGAAUUCUGGUUGCUAAAGGUGGCCUUGGUGGUAAAUUACAUACAAAUUUCUUACCUUUGAAAGGCCAGAAGCGAAUAAUUCACCUUGACCUAAAAGUUAUAGCUGAUGUAGGCUUAGUAGGAUUCCCAAAUGCUGGAAAAUCCUCUUUACUAAGUCGGGUUUCCCAUGCAAAGCCUGUGAUUGCAGAUUAUGCAUUUACAACACUAAAGCCUGAACUUGGAAAGAUUGUGUACAAUGAUUUCAAACAGAUUUCAGUAGCCGAUCUCCCAGGCUUGAUAGAAGGAGCACAUAUGAACAAAGGAAUGGGCCACAAAUUCCUCAAGCAUUUAGAGAGGACCAGACAACUGCUUUUUGUUGUUGAUAUUUCUGGAUUUCAGCUUUCUUCUGUAACUCCAUACAGAACUGCCUUUGAAACUAUAAUACUUCUUACAAAAGAGUUGGAGUUAUACAAAGAGGAACUGCAGACAAAACCUGCACUCUUGGCAAUUAAUAAGAUGGACUUGCCAGACGCCCAGGUUAAACUGGACGAACUGAUGGAGCAGCUCCAGAACCCUGCAGGUUUUCUGCAUUUAUUUGAAAAAAACAUGCUUCCAGAGAAGGCUGUGGAGUUCCAGCAUGUCAUCCCCAUCUCCGCAGUGACUGGGGAAGGGGUGGAGGAGUUGAAGAGCUGUAUAAGGAAGUCCCUGGACGAGCAGGACAGCAAAGACCGCGAGGCACAUCAUAGGAAACAGCUGCUCAAUCUGCAGAUUUCCAGUGCAGCACCCUAGAGAGCCACACCAAAGCGUGCUCUUUCUGCUUCCAAAAGGGCAAUGCUGAACUCUAGUAUAAUGUAGUGGUGGAAUACUAUUGGGUUCCAACGAAGAAGGAAAUCCUGUUAUUUAAGACUCAGAUGAGCCUGGAAUGCUUUAUGUUCAAAGAAGCUGGCAGGCCCAGCAAGACAAAUGUCACAUAAUCUCACAUGUGGAAUCUUUAAAAAAAACAAAUUGAACAAGUAGGAAUCCUGAAAAGUCAUAAAUAUUAAGGAGAAGGAAAUAGAAGGUUAAGAGAUGUUGCUCAAAAGAUAGAAAGUUUCAAUUAAGCUUUGCAGAGCUGUUGUAUAGCUGGUUGUUUAUAGUUAGAACAAUGUAUCAUAUUUUGAAAAUUUGUAAGAAAGUAGGUUUUAAGUGUUCUGACCACAAAGAAAAUCUGAGAAAAUUUAUUUUAAAUUAGCUUGAUUCUGUAUUUCAAAACAUGCUGUGUAUAAUAAAGAUGCAUGUAUAGUUUUUAUGUGUCAAGUAAAAAUGAUAUUGCAGUUACA